AUGAAUGCUUCACUCGUUGAAAAUAUUGUUUCGCAAGUGUGUAUUUAUUCACCUGAUGCUACAUUAAUUGUUUGUACACAACCAAAUGAAUUAAUGACCUAUGUUGCAUCACGUGUUAGUAAAUAUCCUAUUGAACGGGUAUUUGGACUUGGUGCAAGUAUUGCCACGGCUUAUGCGCAUAGAACUAUACUCAAUCAAAACGAAAACAUUCAUGGUCAUGUCAAUGGAUUUUUCGUAAUUGGCAAUGGAUUAAUUGAUGAUUCAUGUACAAAAGUUCUUAUGCAUAAUUUAACUAUUGAUGGAAUUCCUUGUUCAGAUAUUUAUUCGAAAUUAAUAAGAAGUGAUAUGAAAACCACAAAUAUUGAAAAUGAAAACGUUUCAAAAAAACGACGUCAUAAAAAUUGGGACAUACAGAAACUUCUAGAAAAUAAUGAAAAUGUUUAUUCAAAUGUUCGACGUCGAUUGCCAAUUGUUACCAAUUUAAUAUCACGUCAACAGACUGCUAUGAAAUAUCUCUUACCAAAUUCUACUAUUCCUUAUGCAAAAUCCAAACGACAAGAAUCACUCAAUAUUUCAUUGAGUACUAAACUACGUUCUAAUUGGACAGAAGCAAUGUUAAUAGUUCAUAUUAUUCGUGCACUUAUCAAUGGAAAUGAAUUUCAAUCAAAUUUUGUUGUAAAUAUUGCACCAAUAAAUAAUUCAACAAAUGUUUUUAUUAAUUAUCCAACAAUCAUUGGUUCAAGUAAUUGUUCAAUUGAAUAUAUGUUACCAUUUUAUCAAGCUCAACAUAUUCUCAAACAAAAAUCAUUUCUUAUACCAUAUGAAAAAUUACAAACAAACAUAUGUAUUUCAAAAUCAAAAGAUUAG